CCCCCGUCUCCUGCUCCCCCGCCGGCCGUCAACCCUCCGCCGGCUCCCCCGGCUCCUGUUCCUCCGCCGGCUGCCGACCUGCCGCCGGCUGCCGACCUGCCGCCGGCUCCUAUUCCCCCGCCGGCUCCCCCGUCUCCUAUUCCUCUGCCGGCUCCUGUUCCUCCACCGGCUCCCCUGUCUCCUAUUCCUCCGCCGGCUCCCCCGGCUCCUACUCCUCCGCCGGCUCUCCCGCCGGCUCCGGACCCUCCGCCGGCUCCCCCGGCUCCUGCUCCUCCACCGGCUCCUAUUCCCCCGCCGGCUCCCCCGUCUCCUAUUCCUCCGCCGGCUCCCCCGGCUCCUACUCCUCCGCCGGCUCUUCCGCCGGCUCCGGACCCUCCGCCGGCUCCCCCGGCUCCUGCUCCUCCACCGGCUCCUAUUCCCCCGCCGGCUCCCCCGUCUCCUAUUCCUCUGCCGGCUCCUAUUCCUCCGCCGGCUCCCCCGGCUCUUACUCCUCCGCCGGCUCUUCCGCCGGCUCCGGACCCUCCGCCGGCUCUUCCGCUGGCUCCGGACCCACCGCCGGCCCUUCCGCCGGCUCCGGACCCUCCGCCGGCUCCCCCGGCUCCUUCUCCUCCACCGGCUCCUGCUCCUCCGCCAGCUCCUACUCCUCCACCGGCUCUUCCGCCGGCUCCUGACCCUCCACCGGUUUCCCCGUCUCCUACUCCUCCGCUGGCUCUUCCGCAGGCUCCUGACCCUCCGCCGGCUCCGCCGGCUCCCCCGGCUCCUACUCCUCCGCCGGCUAUUCCGCCGGCUCCGGACCCUCCGCCGGCUCCCCCGCCUCCUGCUCCUCCACCGGCUCCUAUUCCCCCGCCGGCUCCCCCAUCUCCUGCUCCUCCGCCGGCUCCUACUCCUCCGCCGGCUCUUCCCCCGGCUCCGGACCCUCCGCCGCCUCCCCCGGCUCCUGCUCCUCCGCCGGCUCCUAUUCCCCCGCCGGCUCCCCCGUCUCCUGCUCCUCCGCCGGCUCUUCCGCCGGCUCCUGACCCUCCGCCGGUUUCCCCGUCUCCUGCUCCUCCGCCGGCUCCUACUCCUCCGCCGGCUCUUCCCCCGGCUCCGGACCCUCCGCCGCCUCCCCCGGCUCCUGCUCCUCCGCCGGCUCCUAUUCCCCCGCCGGCUCCCCCGUCUCCUGCUCCUCCGCCGGCUCUUCCGCCGGCUCCUGACCCUCCGCCGGUUUCCCCGUCUCCUGUUCCU